ACUCUGGGGUUAGUAUUCAACUUUCGAAGAUAUUCGCUGAUAUACUCAAAUUUCAAUACACCCAUUCAAAAGAUAUUUAACGAUUAAAAUGUAUACAUAUAAGAUGAAAAUGAAAACACAAUAAUAUAAAUAUCUAAGUAUUUUAAGAAUUUCAAUGCAAUACAUUCGUAUAUAUUAGACUGUAACUAUUACAUUAUUCAUUAGUCUCUUCCACAUUUAGAUACAUAGAAUUAAAAUUCGGGCAACUCAACGAAUAUCUUCGAAAGCUGAUAAGAGAUAACGAGCGCGGAAUAAAGCGAACUUGGGAGUAUACCGUGUUACAUCCGUGCCAAAAUGAAUAUCCGAAGUCUACGAGUAGCGAAUAUGUUACAUGGGUCGUGAUGUAUUCUCAAAAUCCAUGAGAAUUUAAUAAAUCGCAACGACGUAAUGCAGUGCAACUUAAUAUCUGGUUUUCGCAGGCAUUUACAUUUGGAAUUAUGUAAAAUAUCUCGCGUGUUAAACUUGACAUUUGGAUUACAAAUGACUAUCAAGAUGGGAGCAUACUUCGUCCUUGAGAUGAUACGUUUUAGCGAGUUUCUUAAUAUGUUUCUUGUAGAUAAUUACAACCAAAAGAAAACCUUAUUCAUGGUCUUCAACGCAAUUUUCCUUAUUUUAAAUAUCUUCAAACUCUUCAUUCUUAAUUACAUGUGUGAAAAAGUAAAUAUUAAGGCGAAUGCAACAGGAGACGUUUUAAAUAGGAUACCCUAUUCCACCCUUGACGUUGUGACUCGUGAAAAUAUUUCGCAACUUCUAUUACAACUGAGGUUAAAACCACUUAAAUUCUACGGACUUGGGCUCUUCCAGUUUGGUUUAAAAUUUUUUUACAAGUUCUCCAGUUCUCUUUCGACCGUUAUAGUCAUAUUAGUAUAGUCGCACAUAAGUAUGUAAAAGAUACAGUGAAAAAU